GAGGCGAUCUGCAGUUUCAGCCACAACCACGACCUUUUCUAGUUUCAUUUACAAUGGGGAAAGCGAAGAAGACUCGUAAAUUCGCUACUGUCAAGCGGUUAUUGAAUCCAAAUGAUAUCAGGCUGAAAGAGAACCAGGUCAAGCAACAGAAGAAGGAAGAAGAGGCUAAGCAAAAGGCUACACGGAGGGUCACCCAGGUCGCAUCCUCUAUGUUCUUGCAACAUAACGAUGCUCUGGUACCGCCUUACCGCGUACUUAUCGAUACCAACUUUAUCAAUUUUAGUCUCCAAAACAAGUUGGAACUUAUCAGUGGCAUGAUGGAUUGUCUGUACGCCAAAUGCAUACCAUGUGUGACGGACUGCGUCAUGGCGGAAUUGGAGAAAUUGGGGCAUCGGUAUCGGGUCGCCUUGAGGGUCGCUCGUGAUCCUCGGUUUGAACGGCUCCCGUGUUCGCAUUCCGGCACUUAUGCAGAUGACUGCUUGGUGCAGAGGGUCACGUCGCACCGAUGCUACAUUGUCGCAACCUGCGAUCGUGAGCUCCGAAGACGGAUACGCAAGAUUCCUGGUGUGCCAUUAAUGUACAUUGUCAAAAGGCGUUAUGCCAUUGAGAGGUUACCCGAUCAGGGCGCACCGGUGUGACCUCUCAUUUUCUAGCUUUGAAAAACUCGGAGUCCCGCUUGUUCCAGCUGGUCCAUCUCGCUUUAGAGUUCAACCAUACUUUUGAUGUAUUUUGCUGUGGAUCAUCAUUUCUGUAGCUUUGCUGGUACUUGCAGGAUUUGUUACAAUCUAAUAUGACUCUUUUUCCGUCGUAUUCAUCAGUGCUGGCAUCAUGAUCGGCCUCUAUGGUAGUCAAACUGACAGAUCUGUCGCAAGAAGCACCGACCAUCUCAUGACCUCACUGUAAUACAGAUGGAUAGGAUCUCCGUCGCCCAACCUUCUGCUGUCUGGUGCCUAGUACGUCCGUAUGUCGUACAACGUUCCAUGGGCCUUGUUCCGUGCCGUCCACAGAUAUUGGUUUCUAGUGUUCUAACCCAUAUAGAGCAUGUCCUCGUUAAAGAAUCAUCCGGAAGAAAUGCAGUAUUCAUAUCUCCUUCCUCUCGCUGAUCUAGGCAAGUUCGUCCGCUUCAAACCCCUUGCAAUGCUGUCAUACUUCGAGGCCCAUGACUAACAAAUAGACUUUGUGUGUCCUAUCGUAGACACGCAUUCUCAUGCAACCCACCCCUUCUCCAUCUGGUGCACUUGUUAUUACCAUAGAACCCGGCUCUGACCUCAGCCCCCAACGAGUAUUGGAUCAGAAAGGAACCUCCACCUUCCACAGUUCUACCAUCUCUAUCUAAUCCGUUAUCCUCGAACACGGAUAUGCUCCGUCCAGGUCUCAGGUGCGUUCGAGGGUUGAAUUCAAGUGAUUGGUUCGGAUCUUGCAAUGGUAUUUUGGAGGAGUACUGAUGCGCCGAAGAAUCUUGAGGAAUGGUUCGAGGCUCAUGACGAAAGGUGAUUUCAAUCAUGCAGAGGACCGUAGCGGUCUUCUUGAGCUUGCUUGGUUGCUGACAAUAUGUAGCUCAUAAUUUACUUCUCCUAAAUUCCAUUCUUCGUCGUC